AUGAGACGCCGAGGUGAUGGCGUCGAUUCGGGUACCGGAAGCAAGCGGCUUGGCGAGCACCAUGACGGUAGCUUUGGAACUUAUAUGUCACAUAAAAUACAAAAGCUUCGAGGACAGAAUGAACGCCUGGCGUCGUCAGGUGCUAGUACGUCUAGCAGCAAGCAAACCGACAUCUUCAGAGAUGUCCAUGUAUACGUGGACGGGUAUACAGUUCCGAGCAAGGAAGAUAUCCGGCAGCUAAUGUUGCUACACGGUGGUGGCUUUGAACACUAUGACACAAAUCGAGUGACGCAUGUUAUCGCAACACAUUUACCGGCGUCGAAAUUGCGGCAACUUCAGAAGGCAAAGAAACCAUUACCGGUUGUUCAUCCCGACUGGAUUCUACAAAGCAUUGAACAGAAGAAACUGCUUCCAGUGCAGUCAUUUUUGUACACAGGAUUUACUGACCCAACGCAAAGCAGUGUCCAUACGUUCACGGCAUCAAAUGAUCAGACAAUUUCUCCAGCCAACGAAAUAAAUCAUGAUGCAUCUCAGCAUUCUAUAGAUGACGAAUCAGAUGUGUCGAUCCACCAGCCAUCAAGAACGAUAAAUCUUUCGGAUUCAGGCGUUAAGUCGCGUACGAAUUCUACACGAGAUGGUCCAGACUUUGUCCGGCACUUUUUUGCCAAAUCGCGAUUACACCACAUUGGCACAUGGAAAGCUACAUUUCAGCAGCAAGCAGCCUCGUUCCAAGCUAAAUACAAAGGUGAACGUAUUACAAGAGCACCCUUAUUGUCCAAUGAUCGCAUCAUAUUACAUGUGGAUAUGGAUUGUUUCUUCGUUGCAGUUGCACAAAGAGGGAGGCCCGAAUUGAACAACGUCCCGGUGGCUGUGGCACACUCUGAGACUGCAGGUUCAUCGGAAAUCUCAUCGUGCAAUUACUUGGCCCGUGCGAAAGGAGUUUGUGCAGGCAUGUACAUGCACACUGCAAAAGAAAAGUGUCCCGACUUAAUUGUUCUGCCGUACGAAUUUGACGCAAUUCAGUGCGUAUCAUUCCAGAUCUAUAAUAUUUUUUUCUCCCAUACGCCAUAUGUACAAGCCGUUAGCUGUGAUGAAGCAUUCCUUGAGUUUGGAAGCGAAACGAAUGGGUUAGAGAAAGCAGAAACGAUUCGAAAAGAAAUCUUUGAGCAGACAGAAUGUAUUGCAAGUGUCGGUGUCUCUUACAAUGUCCUUUUAGCAAAAUUGUCGUCAAAGAAAGCAAAACCAAAUGGAAUUUUUCGAAUUCUUGACUCGAAUCAAGCACAAGAGCUCGUCUUGUCAUUAAAAGUUGGCGAUUUACCCGGAGUUGGUCGCAAGACAAAUGCAAAGCUAGAAGCGCUUGGAGUUGAUACCGUGACACAUUUAGCGCAGAUGACGAAAAGUCAACUUGUGCAAUCACUUGGUAAAGCGUCGGGAGAAAUGCUGUAUGAUUUUGCGCGAGGGAUCGAUUUGCGUCCAGUGUCGAUGGAAUCCAACAGUAUGCGUAAAAGUGUGUCUGCAGUCGUUAAUUUCGGCAUUCGGUUUGAAAAAUGGCAAGAUGCGACGACUUUUCUAAUGUCCCUUGGCGAAGAACUAAGCUACCGACUUCGAAGCUUAAGGGUGCGAACUCAAUGUCUAACUCUGCUGAUCAAAAAACGUUCCGAAGGCGCUCCGAUCGAGCCGUCGAAGUUUAUGGGUCACGGAAUUUGCGAUAAUUUCUCGAAAAGCCACGUUCUAGCACAAGCAACUGACGACCAAGUCGUGAUUGGUAAAAUUUGUAUCGAGCUUCUACGGGAAUUUAAUUUUCCGUGUGAAGAACUUCGAGGAGUGGGUGUACAGGCUACAAAGUUGAUCUCCGAUGCCCCAAGUAGUAAACAGCAGGGCGGACAGCUUAUCAAAGCAUGGCUGGACGAUUCUGCACAACGACCAGCAAAUUACGCAUCGUCUAAUAGUGCACCAACAAUGACUGGGAGACUUUCAGGCUUCAGUACUGAAGAGAAUGCCAAUAGGAAUACAACUACGGAUGAGUUGGCAGUGACAACUUUCUCACAAAUUGACAAAGAAGUGCUAGACGAGUUACCUGAAUCGGUACAACAUGAGAUUUUAGCGUCUUACGGACGAUGUGCGCCGUCCAAUGCUACUCAUCAGGCACGAGUAAAACGUCCAGCUAACGGAAAAGCUCCAUUACGUCGCAGACAUCCGGCAAGAAACAUUUUUAGCUCCAAGUCUAACAACCAACUUGCUCGUUGUGCUCGUUACUCGGGCGGCGAAGACAAGGGAAAAGAAGACGCGUUGGAUGACAUCCGAAUGUCACAAAUCGAUUCGGAAGUCUACCACUCACUUCCUUUGACAAUCCGAAGAGAAAUCGAUCGAUAUGCGAAAAAGCGUAGACCCACUUCCACAGUUGCUCCUCUCCCGAGGACCGAUGUUGUUUCAAAUAGCAGUCCCGAUAGAGUAAUGGUGAAUACGCCGACACCUGAUGUACUACCGCCGAUUGAAGUAUUGUUUUCUAAUCUUGUUGAGAGUCUGCAAAUGAUUACUCUCGCAGGGAGCAAAUCUUCUGUCAACAUCGAUCCAGCGCGUUCGGCUGCAUUCGAUGCAAUUUACUCGCGCAUCUUAGUCGAGGUAGAAAAUCGAGCUCUGGACAGAGUCUUGCGAAUGCUCCGUUUUGUUCGUCGUAAAUCUAGUACUGUGAACUCAGCGGAACUUGCUGAAGUAUUAAAGCAUGGCUUUAAUCAGGUUCUGGACCUUGUGACCCAGGAUAUCAAACGAUUAUUUAAUGGAGUUCUGCUGCCACACCUAGUUGAACCGCUUUGA